UAACUGAUUGUGUUGAUCAUGACUAGAUUUUCUGUUGCUAGUCUAACAAAUGUUGUAAGAUGUUAAAUCUGAUUAUGAAGUUAACAAGCCCUGCCUUUGUUUAUACAGAGUCUUUAUUUGUCCUGAGAAAUUUGUUGGCACCUUAUUAGAAUAAAGAAUAACUCUUUUUUCUAUUUUAACAUUUAUUUCAUUUUUAAAGUCAAGCGAUAGCUUAACUGUGAGUUAAAGAUGUCUCUCUGAUGGAAUGAUUGAUUAGCCUUCACUGUGAAUUUGUUUUUGUGACAUGAUAUUUUUCCUUUCGCCUCCUUGAUCAGUUUUACUGGUUAGGGUGAAGGCAGGCCUUGAUAGUAACAACUUGUAUUUACCAUCUACCAACAUCUAACACGUUGUAUUUAAGUAUGAGGACAAAACUGUUAAUAUGCUCCUGCUAAAUAAAUAGACUGGCUUGAGAAAGUGACUGAGGAGCUGAAGCCUGAAUCCCAGGAACACUGGUCACUUAUCUGUGUUUAAACACCCUCUCUUAUUUCACCCUUGUUUAAACACCGUGCUGGUUACACCAGCAGAGCACAUCUGGUAGCAAAUGUACUGAACUGUGUUAGGGAGCAGACAACUUUUGUUGUAGACUCAGGUUUAGUUAAUUGAUAGUCAAUGAACUUGUUUAGGAUCCAAGUUAGUUUGGUUUCCUCCUGCUGACUGCAGACUGAGUUACUAAAUUGGCGGUGUCAUGGCAUAUGCUGCAGAAGAAGUGAUUCAAACAGUCUGAGAAACAGCAAACUUUGACAUUUGUGCUGUUCCAGCUGCAAAAGAAUUUGCUGAUCACUAUGUUCAGAGUUGUCUGUAAGCAAAAAAAGUCUCCCUUACAUAGGAGAGUUGAGAGGAGUAAAUCACUUCUUUCUCUCAAGUGUGGCUAGCAUAAUAAUUUGUCCCAGUGGUGUGCUGCUAAAAUGUUCAGUAAAAUAGUAAGGGCUUAUUUCAAAAGCAGAGGAAAUUGAUUUCACUUUCUGUAAUCUACACAGCUGUUCUUGUGUGCCAAUAGCCAUCUCUGAGAGGAGUUUGGAUGGUGUAGAAAUGUUCUUGAAAUCAAACAUUGUGUAAAUUCUGUAGACCUAGUUAUUUCACAACCGCAGAUCUAAAGAGUUCUGCGUGGAAGAGGGAGUGGCAGCUUCCAUAAGUCCUUUUCUAGGACGAAUAACUGGAUGGUGCUCUGCUAAUUCCUUAUCUUCCUGGGCAGGCAGGGACAGUAUCAAGUGGAUCACCAGUGCUGCUGUGCUUUGCUUGGUUCUCAUCAUUUUUUUCUGCAUUGGCUUGAAGAGUGAUCCAGAUAUUUUAUCAAAAUAAACUCACGUGACUUCCAUCCUGUCCUCUUUCCAAGAAUCCAUUAAGUUUGUUUCAGGGCAUAUUACAAUCUUGAACAUAGAAAUAGUAAAGGGAACCAGUGUGGUGGUGGUGGGUUGUUUUGGUUUUGUUGUGGUGGUUUUGUUUUUCUUAGAAGCUCUUAAACCUCUAUCAUACUGAGUUUAGCUUUAUCAGAAUUGGGUCCUUUGUCUUGUCCAGGGUUUGGGGCAGUUAUGUUUUGCCCGUACUAACUGUUCCACCUUAACUUCGGUUCAAGUUAGGUACAGGAUACGUUACUUCCUGUUCCAGCUCUGCUGUGCUGUAUGGCAUUAUUUCUUGUCAAGCGUAAUGACCACAUUCUGCUGAAAAGCGAAGACUAUAUUUGCCCAAGGUGUGAAUCUGGUUUUAUUGAAGAACUUCCUGAAGAGCCAAGGAACGCUGACAAUGAGACCAGCUCCUCCACAUCAACCAGCGAUCAGAGCAGGCAUCCUUUCGAGAACGUGGAUCAGCACUUAUUCACCUUGCCACAGGGCUAUGGCCAAUUUGCAUUUGGGAUUUUUGAUGACAGCUUUGAGUUUCCUUUCGGGUCCAAUGUGCAAUCAGAAGACAACAGGGACUCCGAGAACCGGAGGGAGCGAGAGCAUCAGUCUCGGCAUAGAUAUGGUGCAAGGCAGCCCCGAGCUCGUCUUGCCACACGGCGUGCCGCUGGCAGGCACGAGGGAGUUCCCACGCUAGAAGGAAUUAUCCAGCAGCUGGUCAAUGGAAUUAUUGCACCUACAACAAUACCAAACCUAGGACUAGGUCCUUGGGGAGUCUUGCAUUCAAAUCCAAUGGACUAUGCCUGGGGUGCAAACGGCUUGGAUGCAAUUAUUACACAGUUACUAAAUCAGUUUGAAAACACUGGACCACCGCCAGCAGACAAAGAAAAGAUCCAGGCCCUGCCCACCAUACAGAUCACGCAGGAACACGUAGAUUCUGGGUUAGAGUGUCCUGUAUGUAAAGAAGACUAUACAGUUGGUGAAAACGUCCGACAGUUACCUUGCAAUCAUCUAUUCCAUAAUAGCUGCAUAGUCCCUUGGCUGGAACAGCAUGACACGUGUCCUGUGUGCCGGAAAAGCUUAAGUGGACAAAACACUGCCACAAACCCCCCAGGACUCACAGGGAUGAAUUUCUCUUCCUCCUCUUCCUCCUCUUCCUCCAGCUCACCAAGUAACGAAAACUCAUCGAACAACUCAUGAAUCUUAAUCCGACCCUCUGUCCCUGGGGCCCUGUCCAUUGUCCCUCCUCCCUCCCUAGCCAACGUAAGCAACGAAAGGGGCUUCCAGAGCAGAGCGAGGGGAGGGUGGCAGGGGGGAAACAGAACCCCCAGAAUUCCCUUUUGAGUUCUGAAGACACGGAGACUCUGGGCUCUUCAGAGAUGAGAAGCCUCAAGUUCUGUGGUGGGGGGGGGAAAGAGCUCUAUCUAUUAAUACAUCCAUUUGCUGCGUGGACUUUUAAACAUUGCAGUGAAAGGCUGCUGCGUUCCACAGAUGGGAAACCUGAGGCGCUGAGCUAGCGGUUGCAAUUCUGAAUGGAAAGGUUGUUUGUAUGGUUUUGAAUUUGAGAUUCCUUUCUUUCUUUCUUUUGCUCCUCCUCCUCCCCUUGGAUACUAUCUCUUCUGCUUUGGAGAUUGAAAUCUUUAAAAUGAAAACAUAAUAAUACUGCCUCCCUCCCAGGAUCUCCAGCUGGGGAGGGCAAAUAGUUGUCACUGAAAAAACGAACUCUUGAAAUAGACCCCAUCAUCCUUCCCUUCCCCAUCUCAAUUCCCAUUUAUUUUUCUUUAUAACCUUGCCCUUCUGAUAUUCAACACUGAAAGGGUUUUUAUAAUUUUAAAUUAUUACUGCUGUUAAAUAAAUGGACGUUUCAGCUCAA